ACAUCCAUCAGCAGCCAGCAGGACAUGUGCUCAAGCCGCGACAGGAGAAAGCAAGAGAAACAACAGCAGGGACGGCGAGCGGAUGGCCGCGACCCGCGAUCGCACGGGGUUUCCAACCCGGCCUCCCCAAAAGCGUGCGCCCACGGCCGGCCCGGAGCGAGCUGGCCUGACGACACGUGUACAACGUGGCCUUCCCUUCCCCUCCCCUCGCGCUCGCGUCGCCUGUGUCUGCGCCUGCCCUCUCCUCCGUCCGCCGCUCCCGUCGCUUCGGGCACCUUGUCGUCGUCUAUAAGUAGGAGGCCAUGGAGGAGGGAGGGGAGCAGGGCAGCAGGCUCCUCCGCCGAUUCGCCACCCCUCCGCUCCCCCGCGCCUCCGCCUACCGACGCCUAGGGCUCCGCCUCGCGUCGCGGUGGAGGCGGCCAGCAUCGCGCCGCCGCCCGCCCCUCAUCGCCGAUGGCGGGACCUAAUAAAGCCCCGUUUAGUGGAGUGGCUGAGGAUUUCAAAGGAAGAGCAGCUUGUUACAAACGAGACUGGAACAAUGGAUUCCGUUCUGGUUUCAGGAUAUUGGCACCUACACUCUACAUAUUCUUUGCAUCUGCCGUUCCUGUAAUAGCCUUUGGGGAGCAAUUGAGUAAAGAUACAGAUGGCGCACUGACCACAGUUGAGGCAUUAGCAUCAACUGCUAUUUGUGGAAUCAUACAUUCAAUAAUAGGUGGACAGCCACUAUUAAUUGUGGGAGUUGCAGAGCCGACUAUUAUUAUGUAUUCUUAUAUCUACAAUUUUGCAAAAAGUCAGCCGAAUCUGGGAGAGAAAAUGUUUCUUCCAUGGGCUGGAUGGGUUUGCAUCUGGACUGCCGUUAUGCUGUUCCUCAUGGCAAUGUUUAACACUGCAGUUAUUCUAAACAAAUUUACAAGGUUUUCAGGAGAACUUUUUGGAAUGUUGAUCACAAUUCUGUUCAUGCAACAGGCGAUCAAAGGGAUGGUGGGUGAAUUCAGUGUCCCUGAGGGUAAUGACGAAAGUCAACCGAUAUUCCAGUUCCAAUGGCUAUAUGUUAACGGUCUGCUUGGAGUUAUCUUUUCAAUGGGCGUACUAUAUACUUCAUUAGCCAGCACGGAGGCAAGAUCAUCUCUAUACGGAACUGGGUGGCAAAGGAGCUUAAUUGCUGACUAUGGUGUUCCACUGAUGGUCAUACUGUGGACAGCACUAUCGUAUUCAUUGCCAAGCAAGAUCCCUUCAGGAGUCCCUAGGAGGCUUUUCACCCCACUUCCUUGGGAACCCAAGUCACUCCAGCAUUGGACAGUAGCAAAGGAUCUUUUGUCUGUCCCUCCAGCAUAUAUAUUUCUGGCUAUUGUGCCUGCUGCGAUGGUUGCAGGGCUCUAUUUCUUUGAUCACAGUGUAGCUUCACAGAUGGCUCAGCAGAAGGAAUUUAACUUGAAGAACCCAUCAGCCUACCAUUAUGACAUUUUGGUCCUGAGCUUGACGACCUUGAUCUGUGGUCUUCUUGGCAUUCCUCCAUCUAAUGGAGUGCUUCCUCAGUCCCCCAUGCACACAAGAAGCCUUGCUGUCCUCAAGCGGCAGUUGAUUCGCAAAAAGAUGGUCCAAACUGCCCAGGAGGGGAUGAUGAACAAUGCUACCAGUUCAGAAGUUUAUGGCAAGAUGCAAGAGGUUUUCAUAAAAAUGGACCAUGGAGGCGACUCUGUUUCUGCCAGCAACGAGCUGAAGGACUUGAAGGAUGCCAUUAUUCCAGAGGGGGAUGGAGCAGGGAAAGUGCCUGAAGCAUUUGAUCCUCAGAAGCAUGUGGAUUCUUACUUGCCUGUCCGGGUGAAAGAGCAGAGAGUAAGCAAUCUGUUACAGUCCCUGUUGGUUGGUGGUUGUAUCGGAGUUACGCCGCUCAUUCGGAGGAUACCAACUUCAGUCCUUUGGGGUUACUUUGCCUAUAUGUCCAUCGACAGUGUUCCUGGGAACCAGUUCUGGGAGAGGAUACAACUUAUGUUUGUCACACCUCAAAGGCGCUACAAGGUUCUUGAAGGUGCACAUGCAUCCUUCGUGGAGUCGGUGCCUUUCAACAUAAUAUUUGCCUUCACGCUUUUCCAGCUAAUUUAUCUCUUGCUCGUCUUUGGGAUGACAUGGAUACCAAUGGCAGGAAUCCUCUUCCCACUGCUCUUCUUUUUUCUCAUUGUCAUCAGGCAGCAUUUCAUUCCAAAGUAUUUCGAUCCCGCCCACCUGAGGGAAUUAGAUGCAGCAGAGUACGAAGAACUUGUGGGUUUCACCCCUGAUCCUUCAGAGGGCGGCGAUGAGUCUGUUCGCAGCAGAGAUGCCCAGCCUGAAUACGCUUCAGAGAUACUGGAGGAAUUCACGACACACCGUGGAGAGUUGAAGCGCAGGAACUCGAGCUUCCGCGACGGGAGGCUACUUCAGCUUAACUCGGUCAGGAUGACAAGAGAGUUUUCCCGGACUUUGUCGAGGGCUCCAACGCAAAGGCAAAAGCAUUGAGAAAAAGAUUAAAAAAGAGAGGAAAAGUGAGGCUUGUGUACUAGUCAUGUGCAGCAGAGAUGGGAGGGAGGGGAUACACAAAAGGUGAGAAAAGGGGUAGAAUGAUUUGCAUAUAUUUACCGUGAUAUGUGCAUUGCUACUAACAGAAAGGGUAAAAAUACGGACAGGGUUUUAACUGUCAAUGCUGUCGUCUGCUAUUGCUGUGCCAGCCUUUGCCGUUGUUUGGAUACGACCUACAUGUGAGCAGAGGGAGAGGGGAUGGGCCUGGUUGUUAGCGUGCGCUCCUCCGUCCACUCGAUCGAUGAUGAAUGAGCAUUUGCGUUUUGUAUGGAGAAAGAUCCCUCCGGAUGCAUUUACUCAU